AUGCGAUGCAUCGCCGUAUUUGGCCAGUCAUCGUCCUCUGGAUUCGAGAUGCCAGCAGAAUUGCCAGCGCCGUUCCGUUCGGUAGGGCCAACUCCUUUCCACCCGGCUAACACACCAACAGGUGGAGCUUCCCUUGAUAAUGCCUCGACUGGGCCUCGCCCUCUGCUUGAUCGUCCCACGGACGUGGCCAUAGCUCCGGAUGGGCGGAUUUACGUGGUGGAUUUUGGUAAUAAUUGUGUGCGCGUGUUUUGA